AUGUGGCUGGUCCUCUGGCCUUUAGUCCCAUCCGAGCUCCCCCAUUGGCUGCAGACUGUGAGAACCUCCAGCAAACCCAGGACUCACACAUUCAUAUGGAGAUUAGAGAGUAUAAAUAGAGGAGGGAGAGAGAGAGAGCUCAGCACAGCUCAGAUCUUCUCCUCACAGAGAGCUAACAGAAGAAACACAGCCAUGGCUCCUACAAUCACUGCAUCAAUCAUCAACUCCAACCACCUUCUUCCACUUACUAAUAAGCUGAGAAAGCCAAUAGUGGAGAAGAUGCGUAGAGAACGCAUCAACAGCAGCAUCGAGAAGCUCAAGUCUCUGCUGGGUGGAGAAUUCCUAAAGCAACAGCCUGAUUCCAGACAGGAGAAAGCCGACAUCCUGGAGAUGACAGUUUAUUUCCUGAGACAGCAGCAGCAGUCACACAAGAAGUGGAGCUGCUCCACUGCAGCUGAUGAAGGCUACAGCAGGUGUGUGCAGGAGGCCAUCCACUUCCUGUCUCAGUGUCAAGUACACACUCAGUCCCAGAGAAGACUGCUGAGCCACUUCCUCACCAUGCAGCCUUCCAUGGAGAGCAGAAGUGGUGUUCCUCAGCUCAGCUCUCCAGCCUGCCAGAUCAGCAGCAAAGAGGAGACUCCAGGCUGCAGUGGCCUCUGGAGACCCUGGUAGAGCCGCAUGGACACUUUACCAUUAGGAAACCAACUUACAAAUGCCAUAUUGGCAUUAACUACAGUUUCCUAAAUGUGUUAGAAUAUUUUUGUCCAACUUUUCAUGGACAAAAUAUGACAAGUUGCUUUCAUAUUAGAAAAGCUUGUGUAGAUUUUUCCAUUACUGUGCCGACAUUCUUACUAUGCAAGAAGAACUGCUGCAUCCUUCAAAUAUGUUUUAUACUUUGAAUGUAUAAGGAAAAGCUCGUAUUGAGUAUAAACGUUCUACAUUUGUAGUACAUUAUAAAAUUAUGCUUUCAAUUCGUGAAAGCUUUUGCUCAUUUUCAGAUUUUAUCUCUUAUUGUGUAAGAAUAUGUCUGUUUGAAAGGGGACAUUAACAUUAAUUUGAGCAAAGUAAUGUUCAUCUAUGACCUUAACAUUUGAGUGUGAAAUGUCUGUGACAUUCCCUGAUAGUGUAUGUCUAACUCCUAUGGAGUGAAAUAUAAAUAAAACUUGUGUUUGAGUUCUGUGUUGUUUAUACACUGGUGUAAAAUUAUUUUCUGAUUGUGCAGAGAAUGCAGUGUUGCUUGGAAUUUUAAAAUUCUUCAGACUGAAAAUGAUGAGUUUGCCUUCAGUGAAAGUGAUCAAUGUUACACUGUCAGGAUGCUGAAUUAUUAUUGCCAAAAAUGUUCUGAAAAUAAAUUUUGAUGACACAAUCAA